UAACUUGAAUUAUGAGUGGACGUGUGCAGAAGGACAGUGCCGAUGAUUCUGAUCGUCUUGACGAUGCGGUGGAUCCUAGAGUCCAGAUUGAACUUGAAAGAUUAAAUACUGCUACUGAUGAUAUCAACAAGCUUGAGGUUGAUUUGGAUGAGGCUAGAGCAAGUUUUAGAGAAUUACUUUGUGAAUCUACAGUGAAGAUUGACAGUUUAGCUAAGAAACUUGGUGCUUGUAUUGAGAAAUCUAGACCGUACUAUGAUGCCAGAUUUAAGGCCAAAGAAGCUUUACAAGAAACGCAAAAAGCUGCCAUUAGAUUUGAAAGAGCCAACAGCCAGCAUGCAGCAGCCAAAGAAAUGGUUUAUUUAGCUGAAGAAGGUUUAAGAACUGAAGGAAGAUGUUUUGACCAUGCUUGGCAGGAAAUGCUGAAUCAUGCAACUUCCAGGGUCAAUGAGUCUGAACAUGAAAGAGCUUUAUCCGAAGCAGAACACAGACAUACCACUGCUAUGUAUCAUAAAGCUGAACAUGAAGUGCAAAGACUGCAACGUGAAUUAAAACGUGCAAUUGCUAAAUCUAGUAUGGGUGCACGCCGCAGCUUGCUUCUGAUAAACAGUAUCGCCUACAGGCACAACUUGCUCAUGUUACCAUACUACGAGAUGAAAGCGUAUUUUAAUCAAAUGCUGGAAGAGCAAAAGCUGAAAGUGAGUGCACUAGAAAGUUCAGUGGGUGAAGCUAAAAUGACUUAUGCAGAAGCACUGAGAAACUUAGAAAAAAUUAGCGAUGAAAUUCAUAGGACUAGAAGAUACGAUGGAACGGACGACUUCAGUAAACAUUCGAGAGACAACACAGUUGACCAGACUGGUGCUCAACCUAAGACAGAAAAUUCAACGGACUCCAGUGUGACAGGGUCACCUGAUAGUACCGAUUAUACUAGCGAUGAAUAUUUACACCUUCCUGACAAAAUGAGUCCUAAUACACCAUGCCCUGUGCCUACAAGAAUUGACAGAGAGCCUUCUUCCGAGUAUCUGGGCCUAAACAACCUGAACCUCUCAUCCACGGAACCUCGAAAGUACAUAAAACGAGACCGUCCAAAGAGUAUUGCAGCAACAGACACGAAACAUAUCAUAUCCCUGAAUCAGACCAGUUCGUCGACAUCACGAUUGUCGGAUUUAACGAAUAUUAUUUCGCCUAUAGAAAAGCGUGUUACUAUUCAGACACCAGCGGAGACGAACAACACCAACGCGGCCGUACAGAAUGGUGAACAGUGGACGGAGAUCAGCUUGAACAGUUCUCCGGACGAAGUGUAUUAUAACAAUGAAGUGUACUCGGACGAAGACGAUCAAAUUCCCUACAAACCGUUACCAAUGGACCUGAGUCCAGAAGCCACUGCUGGAUGUAUUCAGCCAUUCGGUGAUGUAUGUAGUCGAAAGAAGCUAAUAACACAAAAGUCUCUGCCUGCGAUGUCGAAGGGAAACGAAGUUACUUUGAGCGCCGAAAAGAAGGCUGAGGUCACAAGGAGUCCAUCGACAAAGAGCAAGACUAAGCUUGAUAGUAGUUUAGCUAAUUGGAUAACUCGAAGUUCAGCUGGUGGUGAGGCCAGUGCAAGUAGUUCAGCAAGUUCCAGUAGGAGGCAGUCACUCGACAUGUUGUGGAGCGCCGGAACUGGAGAACGCGUGAAAGAGUUGCUUAGUCAUGGAAUGAUGAUGUUGAAUAUUUCUAGUCUUGCCGAAAGACGUUCCAGCGAGCCGAGAACGGUCGAAAAAGAUAAGGAUAAGUUUGAGAAGUCUGAAAGAGUAGAAGGAAAGGGGAAAAAGGUUCCUAGUCCACUAGAAAAGACCCUGACUUAUCUGAAUGCAGAUGAAGAAACGUCCGACAGUGAAAGUUUAGCAAGUGUGGAGAUGUUAACGGAGGAUCAAAUCUCUUCGCUCAUGAUGGAACCAGACAUGAAUCAAGUAUGCCAAGAGAUCUUAGGAACACCCUUAGUCGAAGUAUGUCCAUUGUUGCAACAACUGCAACAGCAACAAUAGCACUUCAC